AUGAUUCUAGAGAAACUUGAUGAUUGUUCAAAUCCAUUUUGUUUAGACUCACUUGAUGUUCGUAUGAGGGAUGAUGAAGAUAUUAUUGAAAAAUUUUCAUUAAUUGUAUUUUUUUUAUUACGAUUGUUAAUCAUUUCAAUCUCAAGAUAUUUUAUGUCAAUGAAUUGGUAUGAUAAUGAAACUGAAUUACUUUUCCCUGAUUUAGAAGGAAACUUUAUUCCUGAGAAUGAACCCAAUUCGACUACCACUUCAGGAAAUGUAAUAUCCAGUAAAACAUGUGAUUCAACAAUUCUGGGUGAUCCAACUAAAUUCAGAGUUGAUUUCUAUGGACCGAAUUUCAUGAACAGUUCACAAGUUCCAAAUAUCUACAUUAAAGGUUUGAUUUCAUUGGAAAAUCAACUCUUAUUUCAUGAAAAAAUGCCAGGCAAUAGUACAAGAUCAUUGAUCCAAUUUGAAACAGCUCUUUCAUCAUUGACUAAAACAAAAGUCAUCAGUGGAGAGUUUGGUAUUUACGUUAGAUCAAGUGAUAGUGCAAGUGAUACAGUAAUGCUUUACACAUACACACCAAAUACACAACCGAUAUUACCUUGA